CCCGCCCUGUUCUGACCGCGCCGGGCGACCGCGCGGCUCCUCCCCGUCCCUCCGCGCCCGCCCGGGCCCCUCGCGUCCAGUCCGCGUCCCUGCGCUGGCUUCCGCGGUCGCCAUGACGGCGGCCGUGUUUUUCGGCUGCGCCUUCAUUGCCUUCGGGCCGGCGCUCGCCCUCUACGUCUUCACCAUCGCCACAGAGCCGCUGCGUAUCAUCUUCCUCAUCGCCGGAGCUUUCUUCUGGUUGGUGUCUCUACUGAUUUCCUCACUUUUUUGGUUCCUAGCAAGACUCAUUAUUGAAAACAAAGAUGGGCCAACACAAAAAUAUCUGCUAGUCUUUGGGGUGUUGCUCUCCGUCUUUAUCCAAGAAAUGUUCCGGUUUGCAUAUUAUAGACUUCUAAAGAAAGCCAGUGAGGGUUUGAAGACCAUAAAUCCAGAUGAGGCAGCACCCUCUAUGCAAUUGCUGGCCUAUGUUUCUGGCUUGGGCUUUGGAAUCAUGAGUGGAGUGUUUUCCUUUGUGAAUACCUUGUCUAACUCCUUGGGGCCAGGGACGGUGGGCAUCCAUGGAGAUUCCCCUCAGUUCUUCCUCAACUCAGCUUUCAUGACGCUGGUGAUCAUUUUGCUGCACGUGUUCUGGGGGAUUGUAUUUUUUGAUGCCUGUGAGAAGAAGAAGUGGUACGUCCUCCUCAUCGUUCUCCUAACGCAUCUGCUGGUGUCUGCCCAGGUGAGCAUUGGUGCUGUGCGCACACUGAGUUUUGGAACUCAAGUCUGUGUCUGAAAUGGUAUCUUCCAC